AUGAUAUUAGUAAAGCUAGAUUUCAUUGUUCAUUAUAUGAGAAGCAAUAUGGAUAUAAUCCAAGGGUACACACCAAUGGGAGACUUUUUCGCCCCAGAAUCCAGAUCAUCAAGAAGAAGAUGGAGAAAUAGAGAGAUUUAUGAUGAAUACAUGAGAGAAGUAUAUCAACAUGAUGAUGAAGAUGUAGAUUCAUCCUACAUGACAAGCAGAACAUCUGCUUCUAAUCAGAGUGCUCAAUCAGGGUCUAGUAGACGUGGAAAAUCAGUGUAUGAAAGAAGUGAUGAAUCUGUGUAUGAAAGAAGCAAUGAAUCGUCACCUAAUGUUAGUACCAAUUUUGAUUACAAGCAAAGUUCAGAAACCAUACCAAGCCGAAGUGCUGAAUCUACGUCUAAUAGCAGCUCAAAAUCUUUACAUAGUAUAGUUGGGAGAAGAGGUGGUUCUAAGAGAAAAUCAGAUGCUGCAUCUUAUCGAAGUUCAAGAUCUUUGCCCGAUCAAAGUUCUGAAUCUUUGCUGAAUCAAAGUUCUGAAUCUUUGCUGAAUCAGAGUUCUGAAUCUUUGCUGGAUCAAAGUUCUGAAUCUUUGCUGGAUCAAAGUUCUGAAUCUUUGCUGGAUCAAAGUUCAGGAUUGUUAACAAGUAGAAGUGGAAAAUCUGUGUACAGCAAAGGUGUAGGAUCUGCCACCACGGAAAGUGAAAUGAAUCUUAGUCAGUCAAUGGAUUCUAUUUUUACCACUAGUGGAAGUGACAAUUAA